AUGAGUUUGCUAAUUAAACAAGCGCGGUCUGUCAGAUCUGUCAGACCAAUCAGAUCUGCUCUUUCCGCCAGACCGUUGGCGCUGGCAAACAGCUAUUCCACCGGGAACUUGAACUUCUUCAACAGGUCGAGGUUGCCUUCCAACACGGUGAUUAGGUUUGUUCCGCAACAGACGGCGUGGAUUGUCGAGAGAAUGGGAAAAUUCAACAAGAUCUUGAAACCAGGUCUGGCUGUUCUGUUGCCGUUUGUCGACAAGAUCCAGUACGUCCAGUCGCUCAAGGAGGUGGCAAUUGAGGUGCCAUCGCAAAACACAAUCACGGCCGACAAUGUGACGCUGGAAAUGGACGGUGUUCUGUACUACCGGGUGGUGGACGCGUACAAGGCGUCGUACGGGGUCGAGGACGCCCAGUAUGCCAUUGUUCAGCUGGCACAGACAACUAUGCGGUCCGAGAUCGGACAGAUGGCCCUGGACCUGGUGCUCAGAGAAAGAACAACUCUCAACGUCAACAUCACCACCUCCAUCAACGAGGCGGCACAGGCGUGGGGUAUCGAGGUGCUGAGAUACGAAAUCAGAGAUAUCCGUCCGCCGGCCAACGUUAUCAACUCCAUGAACCAGGUGGUGGAGAAAGAGAGACAAAAGAGAGCAAACAUUCUUGAAUCUGAGGGACUCAAGGUCAGUGAGAUCAACAUCAGUGAGGCCCACAAACAAACAGAGAUCCUCAAGUCCGAGGCCGAGAAAAGCAAGAAGAUCAACUGGGCCAAGGGAGAAAGCGACGCCAUUCUGCUCAAGGCCAAGGCCACUGCAGAGUCGAUUCAGCUCAUUGCGGACGCCAUUGCCAACAAUCCGCACGGCAAGGAGGCUGUUUCUCUCAACAUUGCCGAGAAGUACGUGGAUGCGUUCGGUAAGCUGGCCAAGGAAACCAACACGGUGAUCUUACCUGCCAGUCUGGACAACCUGCCCAAGCUGAUUGCCAGUGGAAUGAACAUCUACAACCAACUCAACGACAAAGAGCUGGCCCAAAAGGUGGUUUCCGAGCCGGCCCAGACUCCACAGAAGGAAAAUGCUUGA